AAACAAAAAAAUAUAUAAUUAAAAAAACUAAAAAAUGUCAAACUAAUAACAAAAUUUUUCUCAUAAAUGGGAUUGGAUUCCAUGUAAUUAUAGUUUAAAAACUGAGGUUAAAAAAAAAAUGACAGUAUGGAAUUUAUAACCUGCAAUAGUUUUAACAAAUCCAUUAGAAGAUGGACCAGAUCCUCAUGUAAAGCUAUUCAUUGAUACUGAAAAAUCACUUUAAUAUUCAGAAGAUUUAGGUUGGAAUUGGCAUAAAAGUUGGAAUCUUCCAAAUAUUUCAGUGAGAUUAGAAAUAAAAGAUGUUGCAACUGGUGACUCAUUAUAACCACCUAAAAAUUUAUAUGUAAUUUUUUUUUCAUAUAUAUUUUUAAAAAUAUUAAAAAAGGCACAUUUAUUUGCUAUAAAAGCAGUUAUUGAUUAACCAGAUAAUUUCCAUUUAGUUGAUAUUGGAAUGAAAGGUAAUACAAAGAUUGAAUUGAUAAACGGAUAGGCAUUUUUCUAAGCAAUAAAAUUUAUGUCUACUUCUUAUAAUAAUGAAGGAGUCAAAUUCCAUUUAGUUCUUUGUAUUUAUAUAAUGAAUGAAGACGAAGAAAUACCAAAAAUGCUUAAUGCAACCAUUUCGCCACCUAUUUUUGUUGAUUCGAGAAAAUCUGCAAGGGAUUCUUAAGUUAUUCUUGAAAAAAAAAUGAGCUCUUAUGUAGAUCCAUUUUUACCGGAAAACUUAGAUAAAACAUUUGUUAAAAGAGAAAAUAAAAAGAAAAAUGAUAAUGAAAUUAACAUCUCUAAUAACUCGGAUGGACUUUUUAAUUAUUUAACUGCGCCGAAUAUUCGUCAUAAAGUUAAACAUCCUUUGUUUUUAGCUUUGAAAUUUUCUUAAUGUACAAAACUUUAUUAUAAUAAUACUUAAUUAGAUAAAUUAGAUAUUGAUUAAUUAUUAGAAUAAUUAUAAACUAAAAUAACAAAAGAUCAUUCUAAUUAAUAAAAAAGUUAAUCUUAAGUAAAAAUAAAAAUUGAAAAUAAGCCUUUUGUUCUUUAAAUAUAAGAAUCUCAAGAUAAAUACCGUCACAAUAAAAUAAAAGAAGCUCUUGAUUAAUUAGAAUGUCCUUCUCUUGAAUUAACAAAUUAACCUAUUCCUUAAUAAUUUUAGGAAAGAUUUGUUGAUAUUACAAAUGGAAAUUAGGAAGGAAUACAAGAACUAAUUAAUGUAUAUAAAAAGACAUAUUAAAAUUUAUUGGCUAUAGCUAAAAGUAUUACUUAAAGAGAAUAUGGAGAUGAUAUAUAAUGA